AUGGCGUCGAUUACAGGACCGCAGAUUCUACUGCACUCUCGGCAUCCAUCGCUCAAGCUCAAACUCAAACAUUCACCCUUUCUCCUCUUCCCAAAUCUACCAUUCUCCGCAAAACACACUCCGCGUCGCGCCUUAUGCUCCGUCAAUUCCAAUUCCAAGCCUCACGCUUCAAUUUCCAUCGUCCCCGAUCUCCUCCACUACCUCAACCAUUCAUGGACUCAAUUCCACGCCACAGCGGAAGCUAAACAACAAUUACUCGCCGCCGGUUUCCAAAUGCUCAACGAGAGCCAAGACUGGGACCUCAAGCCUGGCGGACGCUACUUCUUCACGCGCAAUAUGUCCUGUUUGGUCGCUUUCGCCGUCGGAGAAAAUCAUUCUUUAACGGUCCUCUUUGAUGGCGUCGUUUUGCGAAGGUACAAUUUGGGCGACGGUUUUCACUUGAUUGCGGCGCACACGGACAGCCCCUGCCUAAAACUGAAACCCAAAACGGCGUCGUGCAAGUGUAACUAUUCGAUGGUGAAUGUGCAGACUUAUGGAGCUGGGUUGUGGUACACUUGGUUUGAUAGGGAUUUGAGUGUUGCUGGGAGGGUCAUUCUCAAAAAUGGCCAUAAUUCUUAUGUGCAUAAGCUUGUCAAAGUCGAUAGACCCAUUUUGCGGAUUCCCACACUCGCCAUUCAUCUGGACCGUGGGAACACUGUUCACUAUUCUUUCAUCACUGAAGCAACUUUGUUGGGCUUUCUAAAAUUAAAGUUGUUCAAAUAUGUGGGCUAUUGUGCUGUAACUAUCAAAACACUGUUACUGUUAACUUGGGGAAUUGAUCUGGUUUUCUUAUUUCGCCCCAUGAACAAGGAUGGUUUUAAACCAAAUCUAGAGACUCAUCUUCUUCCUUUACUCUCGAUAAAAUCUGAGAACACUUCUUUGGAAUCCAAGGAGAACAAUAGUGCAUUGUCAUCCAAAUCUUAUCAUCAUUCGUUGCUUAUGCAGGUACUGUCAGAUGAAUUGAAAUGUGAUGUUGAUGACAUAGUGAAUAUUGAACUGAAUGUUUGUGAUACUCAACCUAGCUGCCUUGGAGGUGGAAACAAUGAAUUUAUAUUUUCUGGAAGAUUAGAUAAUCUGGCUUCAUGUUAUUGUGCAUUGAGGGCACUUAUUGACUCAUGUGAAUCCCCUGGAAACUUAGCAAGUGAUCAUGCAAUUCGGAUGGUUGCUUUAUUUGACAAUGAGGAGGUGGGUUCAGGUUCUAUUCAAGGAGCUGGAGCACCCACCAUGUUUCAGGCCAUGAAACGUAUAGUUGGUGACUUAGCAAAAAACUAUGUUGGCGAAGGCUCUUUUGAGCGCACUAUUCGUCAAUCAUUUCUUGUGUCUGCUGAUAUGGCCCAUGGAGUUCAUCCAAAUUUUAAGGAUAAGCAUGAAGAACUUCACCGACCAGUGCUGCAGAAAGGAUUGGUUAUUAAGCACAAUGCAAACCAGCGCUAUGCUACUAGUGGAAUCACAUCUUUUCUUUUCAAAGAAGUUGGAAAAAUCCACAACCUUCCUACACAGGAAUUUGCUGUUAGAAAUGACAUGGGAUGUGGAUCGACCAUAGGUCCAAUACUUGCUUCUGGUGUUGGCAUCCGUACUGUUGACUGUGGAAUUGCUCAACUUUCAAUGCACAGUAUAAGGGAAAUGUGUGGGAAGGAAGAUAUAGACAUUGCUUACAAGCAUUUUAAAGCUUUCUAUCAAAGCUUUUCAAGCGUAGACAAGAUGCUCAAUAUGGAUAACUGA